AGGAACCUAGUCUCCUGACCAAUCAGAAGUUCACAAUCCCGGGACUUGUGAGGUCUGUGUUUCGCCCGUCCUCAUACUGUACCGCACAACAUUUCUGUACAAAUCUUGACACCGCCUGAGUGUGUAGAGAAAAACCUACAGCGGCCGCUUUUGACGGGUUGGGCACCCACCCACCCACCACAACCCACGCCACCAUGCCUUUGGUGACGAGGAAUAUCGAGCCGCGGCAUGUGUGCCGCCAGACCAUCCCGACGAACAUUCACAGUGAGCUGGAAUGUGUCACCAACAUCAGCCUGGCCAACAUCAUCCGCCAGCUCGGCAGCCUCAGUAAGUAUGCAGAGGAUGUGUUUGGCGAGCUGUUUGUCCAGGCAGGAGCGUUUGCCAUCAGAGUAAAUACACUGGGAGAACGAGUGGAUCGUCUGCAGGUCAAAGUCACACAGCUGGACCCCAAAGAGGAGGAGAUCUCUCUCCAGGGGAUCACCACACGUAAGGCCUUCCGCAGCAGUGUGACCCAGGAUCAACAGUUGUUCACCAGACCGUCUCUGCCAAUGCCCGUACAAGACACCUACAAGACCUGUGAUCCGCCUCCACCGCUCAACUACCUCAGCCAAUAUCGGGAUGACGGGAAGGAGGCCCUGAAGUUUUACACUGAUCCCUCCUACUUCUUUGACCUGUGGAAGGAGAAGAUGCUGCAGGACACCAAGGACAUCAUGAAGGAGAGGCGCAAACACAGAAAGGAGAAGAAAGACCAUCUGAACCAACGGACGCUCAAUCCACGAAAGAUCAAGACCCGGAAGGAUGAAUGGGAACGCCGCAAGAUGGGAGAGGAGUUUGUGGUGCCAAAGAAUGACCUGAUGAAUUCCUCAGAGGGUCUGAAUGGCAGCAUUGGAUCUGGAGAUGGCUACACCUUUGAAGGCCUUGAGCAGAGUACCGGCUCCUACGCUUAUGAUCCCGACUCCCCUCUCCCUAUGCCUGGCCCCAAUGACUUCCUGCCUCCUCCACCUCCAGACAUGGCGUACAAUGAUGGACCGUAUGGAGCACCAACCCAGAAACGUGUCAGCGUGCUCAGUCCAAGCCACCCACCCCCUGCUCCCCCAAUGGCUUCUUCUCCAUCCAACUCCCGCCCCAACCUUGCCCCUCCCCCCGCACCUCCUCCUCCCCCACCACCCUCUGGCUUUGGGAUUCCCCCGCCUCCCUCUGGCUUUGACGCCCCACCUUCCCCUCCUCCCUUCUCCUCGUCUCCUGCCGCCUAUCCCUCCCCACCCGCUCCGCCUCCUCCACCUGCUCUGUCCACUGUUUCUCCUCCUCCUCCUCCACCCCCUAUGCCUGCAGGUGGUGGUCCUCCACCUCCCCCUCCUCCUCCACCUCCCCCUGGCCCUCCUCCUACAUCCUUUAAUAUUUCUGCUCCCUCGGGUGGUGGUGGGUUGGCGGCGCCCAGUUCUGCUCCAAAAGCGCAGGAGGAACCAGCCGGGGGCGCUCGCAGUGACCUGCUGCAGGCCAUCCGACAAGGUUUCAACCUGCGGAAGACGGAGGCACAGCGGGAGCAGGAGAAGCGGGACCACUUUGGAAAUGACGUGGCUGCCAUCCUGUCCCGUCGUAUCGCUGUAGAGUGCAGCGACAGUGAGGAUGACUCUUCAGAGUUUGACGAUGAAGAAUGGUUUGAAUGAUCUUCCUCCCCUUUUCUCCUUCACUACCACCUUCGUAUCUCUCGUCGGCCCUUAAACAACAUCAGAAUAUCUCCAUUCAGAUUACCUUCUUAAGUACCAGUUCUUGUAUGUGUGUAGACAUGCACAUGAUAUGUACAUGUGACCUAUCACUAAUCACAUUCCUUAGCUCAUUUAUUUUUAUUUAUCCAAAAAUGAUUCAAAGGUGCAACAUCUGAAGAUGAGACAGUCAGUGUGGUUGUGUCAUAGUUUGCCAUUGCUUUCACAGGAUAACAGGCCGCUGGUAUUGACGUGAGAUUAUUGUGUGAACCGAUGCACGCCCCCCUGCUGAGUCUGUGCAUAAACACAUCACCUCUGUCCUUAUCUAGUGUUUUUUUGAAUCAGGUGCCCGUUUGCUGUAGGCAAAGUGCCUAGUUUUAUCUGCUUUAGUAUAUCAUUGCAAAGGAUAAUAGAGAGGGAGUAUACACACACACACACACACACACACACACACACAGACACAGGCAAACUCUUCUAUACACAGUAUUUUAUGUACUCCGUGGAAAUACACAAUUUGUUAUCAUCAAAACAUUCUCCCUCAUUUAUAUAUUAUAAAGAUGUAAAGUUUAUAUUGUAUAUUGAAUCAUAUCUUCUAAAUAUAAUGGAUGCAUUCCUUUAGAUUCCCCCAUUUAAAAAAAAAUAAAUCCCUUUUCUUCCCCUCACUUUUAUAUUCGUUCUCCUUUUUUUUCUGUGGUUGUCAUGGGAACACCUGCCUUGAGAAAUGGUUGUAGCUUAUAAACAAAUUCCUGAAUGAAUUAUUCAGUGUGAUGGGGGAUGAAUUGGCUGGUGUCAGACACCUGGGCCGUCUGCUGAAAUCACCGUACAAAACAUAUGCAGAAAUAUACACAAAUACCAUGUUUCAUUUUGUACUGUGCAGCGGCUCUGUUGUGUACCUCUUCCUGACAUUUCUAUUUCUAAACUUUUCCAGGGAUGAUUGGCUCUGAUGCUUUGUUCAAUGCUCUCCUUGUAGAAUCAGAAUCAGCUGGUCGCCUUGUCCUGCUGCCUGAUACGUGUCUUUUUAAUGCUCCAUUUCAGUGUCAAUACUGGUUUCUUUUGUUUAUCCCCACUGGCCACUGAUCAGCCUCCCAAAUAAGUAAAUGAAACAGCAGCCAUUGAUGAGUCUAAUGUAGAACUGACUGAUGUAUAGUGUGGACCACCUAUUUUUUUAAAGUGCCUUUUUUAUUUUAAGUCUGCCUGUGUUAAAGCACAAUUGCGCCACGUGCAUAGCCAAAGUUCUGCUUCUCUUGCCUUACAUUUUCUAAUGAUCAUAGAUAUUUCAAUAAAGAUAAAGUGUAUUACA